AUGGCGGCUGCUGCUUCUCGCACGUACCUGCAGGAGCGGGUGCAGCGGCACUACCUUGAGGUGCUGCCCUCGAGGUGGCGCGCUGUCCUAUCCCGCUUGGCGAUGAACACGCAGGCCUGGCAGCGGCGUGACGCCACCCCUGGCGGGAGCGCCUUGGCCGACAUACACGCAGAUUUCGAUCUUGUCAGCACUCUGCUCGAGGAGGAGCACAACGUCUACAGGGAAGGCAUGGACCAUCUCGGAUGUGAGCUUACCGAUGGGGAAGCUGGAGGUUCCCAAACGUCCGCGCUGAGGCGCCUCCUGCAUGGCAUGCUGGCUUGUAUUGCUCUCAAGGAGGUCACUAUUGCACACUGGAAGAACUCUCUGUUGAGUAUUCCACCUGACACGCUGCGGGUGUACUGCCAUGCGUGUAUAGCCCAUCCACAUGUGUGUGCAGACGAUGUGAAGCGCGUGCUCGCGACGUACAGUGCGCCCUAA